AAAGUCAAUUCUGUCAAGCUUAGCGCGUAUCUGCCAAUCUCAUAAAAAAAAAAAAAAUUGUAUUUAAAUUUGCAAUUUUCCUGCGUUAACUUCAAAACUCAGUCUAAACAAGUCGUAAAAGAAACCCCUCCUUCUCUCCUUCUGUCAAUCUAUCCCUCCCUAUCCUGCGCACACUUGGCCGCCUUCCACGUCUCAGAUCCUCCUGCUCUCUCCCACACACUGACUGGUCAAGCAUAGUGAUUGUCAGCUCUUUAGUGGGAUUUAUAAAGAUUUUGAAUCAUGAGUUGCUUCGGCUGUUGUGAAGAAGAUGACAUCCAUAAAGCUGCUGACUAUGGAGGCCAGUAUACAGUUAAAAGCUCAGCUGGCAAUUUAGGAAAUUAUCAUGCAUCAGAAACAGCUCCCAAGGGCGCUCAGGCUUUUAAAAUCCAGCCUAUUGAAGUCCCUGAAAUAUCGGGGGAUGAACUUAAGGAAGUUACAGAUAACUUUGGGACAAGUUCAUUGAUAGGGGAAGGAUCAUAUGGAAGAGUAUAUUAUGGUGCUCUUAAAAGUGGGCAGGAUGCGUCAAUAAAAAAAUUAGAUGCCAGCAAACAACCUGAUGAUGAAUUCUUAUCCCAGGUCUCCAUGGUAUCAAGGUUGAAGCAUGAAAAUUUUGUACAGUUGCUUGGGUAUUGUGUAGAUGGGGGUUCCCGUGUACUCAUCUAUGAAUUUGCUUCUAAUGGAUCGCUUCAUGAUAUUCUUCAUGGGAGGAAAGGUGUUAAAGGAGCACAGCCUGGUCCUGUCCUUACAUGGCCUCAGCGUGUAAAAAUUGCUGUUGGUGCUGCAAAAGGGCUUGAAUACUUGCAUGAAAAGGCUGAUCCUCACAUCGUUCAUCGUGACAUUAAGUCCAGCAAUGUUCUUAUUUUUGAUGAUGAUGUUGCAAAAAUUGCCGACUUCGAUUUGUCAAAUCAAGCUCCUGAUAUGGCAGCACGUCUUCAUUCCACUCGAGUUUUGGGAACAUUUGGUUAUCAUGCUCCUGAAUAUGCAAUGACUGGACAAUUGAAUGCAAAGAGUGACGUGUACAGUUUUGGUGUUGUCCUGCUUGAGCUUCUGACUGGGAGGAAACCUGUUGAUCACACUUUACCACGUGGACAGCAGAGUCUAGUGACAUGGGCUACACCAAAACUUAGCGAGGACAAGGUUAAGCAGUGUGUUGAUGCAAGAUUACAAGGAGAGUACCCACCCAAGGCAGUUGCAAAGAUGGCUGCCGUUGCUGCCUUGUGUGUGCAAUAUGAGGCUGAUUUCCGGCCAAACAUGAGCAUCGUGGUCAAAGCCCUCCAGCCCCUGUUAAAUGCCCGGCCGGGACCUGCUGGAGAAGCACCAAGCAUAUAAUUCUUUCUCCCGGCUCAGUGUAUGUUUGUGCAGGUGAAAGUGGGCAUCCCUUAGCAAGAAUAAUAUAUCAAGGUUUUGUUACCGACGUAUGUAGCAAAACAUUUGGGCAUCGUUCCCUGAGCUCCCAUUAUUUGAUGCGCAUUUGAUUUUUUCAUAAUGUGUGAAGCGGUCCAUGUUGUCAUAUGAUUUUUUUGUAUGCCAUCUCUCCCAGAUGUGAAUAAAAGAUGAUAUAUUCUGUGAAUGAGAUUUAUUCAUUAAUUA